AUGUUUGCAUCCGCUGGACAACACCCUCAAAUUGUUCCUAAAGAAGAGGAAUCUAUACUAAACUACCUCCUUGAAGUGAGAUCUUCCUUGGCUAAACUAAAGCAAAACAGGACUCAAUAUUUAAAUUCUAAGGAUGUUCAAACUACUUACCAACAUGUUUUAACCAAAGUCAGAGAGUUGGAUGAUAUUAGGAAAAACAGUCAUGAGACUCCGGCUAAAAGCGCCGCUACUUUGAUUCAUAACACCGAAUUACAUAACAGAGUUGACUCCGUGCUGGAUGACGUCUUUCAAUUGCUCUCGCUGUGCUUUUUGACUGUUGGCCUAAAAAAUUCUGCACCUGCGACUUAUGCAUCGUUAUCUACUGUGGAAAGUCUUUUGGAACAUUUAAAUGAAUCGAACGUCUUCACUCAUCACGAUUUGAGUCCUAUCAAGGAAAGAUUGGAUGAAAUCAGCAAGAUCGUCGAACAAAAAAACUCAAGUCCUAUGUACGAUGAGGAUGGAAAUGAUGACCGAUUAAGAGAAAUCGAUAACGAAAGAAAAAAAAACAAAAUCGAGGAAGAUCUAUUACUACGUGCUAAAUUGAAGCAUUGUAAAGACGAAUAUGAUACAUUGGAAAGCAAAUUGGAGGAAAUCGAUCCGUCUUUGUCUACUGUGAUGGAAAAAUUAUUCCGAAUUAGGAGAGGAUUAUUAUCAUUAGUUGCAUCUGCUAAGAAAACAAUAUCUAAACCUAGUGUUAAUACCAACUCUUUGUUGCAGGAACAAAAUGAUUUGCAAAGAAACAAUGAAAGCUUGACGGAUGACAAGCAUUUAGUAUCCCAAGAAUACGUCCAUGAGAAAUUAUCAGCUUUGAAGAACGAAUUAAGUGAGUUAGAAUCUAAUCGUGAUGAUUCUGGUAAAUUCAAGUCCUUGGAGUCUCAUCAGGUGGCAGAAAACGGCCAAAGUGUUCUUAAUGGUCUAUUGGAUGAUUGCCAUGAUUUAGUUAACGAUUUAUCACAUCAAAAAAAUGGCGGGUUGACAUUAGAUCCAUAUCUGCAACCAAUAUAUGAACAGCUAAUUGAUAUAAAGACUACCUUAGAAAAUUUGAUGAUCACAAGAAGAUGGACUUUGAGAGAAACCGAUUUGUUCUCUUACCAAAAAAAAUUGAACGAAAUUGAUAACAAAAGGAUUAACGGUAAGUUCCCAACAAAAUCCCAGGACUCAAAGGGACAGUCAAUACUAUUAUACCUGUUGCGUAGAUGUUAUGCCAUAAUUUAUAAAUUGUUGGAAAGUUCAGAACCUGUAUCUGAGGCGUUACAGCCAAUUCAUAAUCAACUAUCUACAGUCCGUCGUUGUCUAUUGGAAUUAAAGAGAAUGGGAGGCGUGAAUAACGAAAGAGAGUUGUAUCCCUAUCAAAUGAAGUUAGCUUCAUUGGACAACCUGAGAACUGACGGUAUAUUUUAUGACUCUGAUGGUAAUAUACCUGAAGGCCAAGGUAUACUGAAUGCUUUAUUGGCAGAAUGUUUUGAUAUCUUGCAUGAAUUGAAAGUGGAAGCUGAGGAAAAAGCACAAAACUCUACUUCUAGUGAUGAUUCAGACGAUGAAGAUAAUGGAGAAUCGAUUGUAGACUCGAACUCAAACGACAGCGAACCUGAAUCUGAAUACCAACAAGAAUAG